AUGUCCGACAGAUUGUCUGUAAUAACGUCAAAUGAUAUAAGUGCACGAAUCACGCUUCAAGCAAGAAAACAGGUGGUGAGAACACUGAUAUUGAUAAUGAUUCUAUUCUUUGUGACUAUGUGUCCAAUUCGAGUCGUGAGUUUAUGGCAGAUCUUCACACCAGUAGAAGAACUGGCUCACAUUGGAAUCGAAGCAUACUAUAAUAUCAUAUGGUUUGCAAGACUUAUGAUGUAUCUUAACAGCGCAGUGAAUCCUGUCAUAUACAGUUUGUCAUCGUCAAAGUUCAAAAUGGCUUUUAGGCGAAUUUUAACUCAAUGUCGACCGUGUACUUUAUCAACACGGCCGUCUCCACCUACUACAAAAGUGUUGUACCGGGCUUCAAAAACAAAGCUUGGCUCCAGCAAUGGUGGACAAUGCUACAACCAGCGUGAAGUAGUAAACGGAAGUAAUUAUUUGCAAAGUGGUGAAUUAGAGCUGAAACUGUUAAGUUAA